GAGUAAGAAAAUAUUUACUCCAUGCCAUGGAAGCUGGUCUGAAUCCAUACUUUUGCCGAUGUCGGACCAAGAAGUCAAUGUUUUGCGGGAUGAACCUUGUUUAACGAUAAACUAGGCGAAACACAUCUCAGUGUGCGGAAGAACGAGGUAAGAAAAGUUGGGGUCGUUGGUCUUUGAGAACAUGGAUCCCGAACUUCCGUUUAGUUCUGGCUGCAACGUUACUGAAACAUACAAGGUUGAUCUGGGACUGCUGGUGAAAGAAGAAGACAUAAAAGAGGAGGAAUAUGGUCAUAUGAUUUCAUGUCCAGAUGAAGAAGAAAAGCCCUUUGCAGAGCUUCACUGUAAAACUGAAACGGAGGACGCAGAGUCCAACGUUACUUACAGUGAAACAGUACAGACAACAGUGAAGAAGGAAGACGAUGAGCACGAUUAUCUGCUGGAAAGUGUAUCAGAACACCUGCCAGUAACACAACAGAAGAUCCAUGGACAGAAUGAUGAGCUAAACCUGCAACUUGAAGGAAGGCUUCACCACUGCACAAUCUGCAGGAAGAGCUUCACGGCCCUGAAAGAACUCAAGAAACACCAGCAAACACACACAGUCAGUGUAAAUGAACAGCAGAACACUGACAACAAAAAGACUCAUUCCUGUGGACUCUGUGGGAGAACAUUUAGAACUUCUGCGCAUCUGAAACGCCACAUUCCAACACACACUGGAGAGAGACUGUAUGAAUGUGCCCAGUGUGGAAAAGCAUUUAGAGGCUCCACACAACUUAAGCACCACAUGUUUACACACACUGGCGAAAAGCCUCAUAAAUGUGCCCGGUGUGGAAAAGGCUUCACACAAAUUUCAAAUCUUAAGCAGCAUAUGCUAACACACACUGGAACGAAGCCCCAUAAAUGUGUCCAGUGUGGAAAGACAUACGUGGGGGCCACAAGCCUUGCACGCCACAUUCUUACACACACUGGAGAGAAGGCUCACGUUUGUGCCCAGUGUGGAAAAGCUUUUUUACAAAUAGCUGGUCUUAAACGCCAUAUGCUAACUCACACUGGAGAGAAGCCUCAUAAAUGCGGCCACUGUGAAAUAACUUGUACAACACCCUCAGAACUUAAAUACCAUGUGCGCACACAUACUGGAGAAAAGCCUCAUAUAUGUGUCCAGUGUGGUAGAGCCUUCUCACGAAAUUCAAAUCUUAAAACCCACAUGCUUAUACACACUGAAGAGAAGCCUCAUAAAUGUGACUAUUGUGAACAAGCUUUUAGAACAUGUUAUGCUCUUGGAAGCCACAUGCUAAUUCACACAGGAGAGAAGCCACAUAAAUGUAGCCAUUGUGAAAAAAUUUGUACAACACCCUCAGAACUUAAAUACCACGUGCGCACACAUACUGGAGAAAAGCCUCAUAUAUGUGUCCAGUGUGGUAGAGCCUUCUCACGAAAUUCAAAUCUUAAAACCCACAUGCUUAUACACACUGAAGAGAAGCCUCAUAAAUGUGACUAUUGUGAACAAGCUUUUAGAACAUGUUAUGCUCUUGGAAGCCACAUGCUAAUUCACACAGGAGAGAAGCCACAUAAAUGUAGCCAUUGUGAAAAAACUUGUACAACACCCUCAGAACUUAAAUACCACGUGCGCACACAUACUGGAGAAAAGCCUCAUAUAUGUGUCCAGUGUGGUAGAGCCUUUUCACGAAAUUCAAAUCUUAAAACCCACAUGCUUAUACACACUGAAGAGAAGCCUCAUAAAUGUAACUAUUGUGAACAAGCUUUUAAAACAUGUUAUGCUCUUGGAAGCCACAUGCUAAUUCACCUAGGAGAGAAGCCACAUAAAUGUAGCCAUUGUGAAAAAACGUUUGCAACAGCCUCAGAACUUAAAAACCACAUGUGCACACAUACUGGAGAGAAGCCUCAUAAAUGUGUCCAGUGUGGUAGAGCCUUUUCACGAAAUUCAAAUCUUAAAACCCACAUGCUAAUACACAGCGAAGAGAAGCCUCAUAAAUGUGACUAUUGUGAAAAAGCUUUUAGAACAUGUCAUGCUCUUAAAAGCCAUCAGCUAGUACACACUGGAGAGAGACCUCAUAAAUGUGACUUUUGUGAAAAAGCUUUUAGAAGAUGUCAUGCUCUUAAAAGCCAUCAGCUAGUACACACUGGAGAGAGACCUCAUAAAUGUGACUUUUGUGAAAAAGCUUUUGGAACAUCCUCUUCUCUUAAACAGCACUUGCUCGCACAUACUGGAGAGAAGCCUUACACAUGUGCCCAGUGUGGAAAAGGUUUUACACUGAAGUCAAAUCUUAAAAAACACAUGCUAACACACACAAGAAAGCAGAAAUGGCAAUUCGUUCUCGUUCUGGAUACUCUGGUAACAGGAUAAUUGUGCGUUCCAUUUGCACAUGGUGACAGCUUGUGACAACUCGUAACUUGUGAAAUGAAGUCGUCAGAACUCGCUGUAAACUGGUGGUUAUUUGAUUGCUGCGAGAUAUGCUUUUUGUCAGACGAUUUUAGUGGGGGUUGUUCUGUUUCGACUAACCUCGCAGUAAGAAUAGGCAUCAUCAUCAUCAGCUUUAUCACCAGACUCUUCCACCCCUCCCCACUUCCCUCUGUUCACCUUAUCUACCUCCUCUCCACUGCUCCUCCUUCAGUACUUAAUAUGUAGUCCUAUCCUAUCUAGUAUUGUAUUGAUGGAUGCAGUGGUAACUAGCUAUCGUCUCCUCUGCGCUGUACAUUAUUAUAAUGCUGUAGCCGCAGCUCUGAAGUUCAAAUGUUAAAAUGCUGAAAAAGAGCUGAAAUGUCAUUGUAUUGCUGUAGUUGUAGCUCUGUAGGUUAAAUGUUUGUUUUUGUAAAUGUCUGCCAAAUGAACAUUUAAAGAUAUAAAACUCAACAAAUAAAGAAAGAACCGAAAGACGUGUUUCAACC